AGAUCCAAAAAAAAACAACCUCCAACAAUCUUGUCCUCAUCGAACCAUACCGUAGUAUGCUUACAUUCUUCGACUGAGCCUAUUCUUCCCAUAAAUUUGAAGUCAUACCUUUGAUUCGAACCGAAGCAAAGCGAACAUAAGUUGAAUCAUAUUCGACAACGAUUGUACACCACACCUGUCCUACGAAAUAAGCAUCUCGAGCUGUAUAAUACAAUUUCUCGUCCUGCAAAAACUAGAAUAAGUAUUACCAUCACCAUGAAAAACUGUUUCACGAUUUGGCUGUCACUCACAGUGAUAGCGAUCACAGUUCCCGGCAGCGUUGCCAUCAAUUACAGUCGUUACCCCAACACGRCAAAAACRUAUGCCGAGUCUCCGGCAUCCCCCAGCUUACCACAGAGACGACGUACCCUGGACAAAAUUGUCUCGCAGGAGCGACGAUUUGUAUUGUUCAAUUCGCGCCACUUAAGUGGAGAAUGCAGUAAGUUACACAUAUCUUUCGCAAGGUAUGCAGGAGAAUCGAAGUUAUCUCGUGCAGUGUAAGUAUGACAUGUUUCCCCCCGUUGUUUCUCAUGAUUCUUUUUCUUUUGCUCCCAUUCUGAUUUCCGUCCGUUUUGGUAAYAGUUCCSAUUUGUGAGACCAUGAGACCUUCCAUGGCCACCACAUUGAGUCCUAGUGGUGACCCGACCUGGUCGCCCACUAAUUUUCCUGACGAGAUGCUUGGCCUUCCCGGAGGCUCUCGAACUAAUCCUCCCUCGAAACGGCCUACCAUUUCUCCCGUAGAAGAACCAACCGAGCUCCCAACGAAGCAACCUACAARCUCUCCUACCAAAGAAGCAACAAAGUCACCGACGAAGACACCAACGACGCAACCGACCAAUCUCCCAUCUUCAAAACCMAUUGAGGGUGUACUUGAUUGUCAAGCACUUGAGAACCUAGGGCAUGGAUUCAGUGAAGCCACSGGCAGCCCUCACUACAGCCGGCGUUGCUACCCCGAAAUCAAGGGUGCUCACUUUGAGGCCAUUCCUGGCAACGACGAUUCCGUUGCCGUCUUUGCCGGUGGUGAUUUCAUAGGCAGACGAGCCGCUGAAGUAGAAGGAAACCUYGUGGUUCUUGGUGAUCUCAAGGUAGAAACAAACGGGCCCGGAAAUUUUGUUAGCGUCGGUGUCGGAACCCACGUGCUGCCCAACUCCGGUGGGGAUUGCAUUAUUGUGGGCGGAGAUAUUUCCGCUGAUCGAAGUAUCCAGGUCUUCAAUCAGGCGACAUGGAUGAAGUGCGACAUAGUCUACAAGGGAGCAGCCACGAACCUAGAACAUUGGAAGAUUGGAAGGGGUUCCAAACGGCACGAGCCCAACUACGAUAUGAGCCGGUACGAGAAAAUGAAGUACGUCUUUAUGAAGAAAKCYCAGUACUGGAAGACCCUACCAUCAACCGCAACUGUCAACUUCGAAGACUGGGGAAAUCCCACUGGGGAGACGAAUUUCAUCUGCACGUCCAACAACGAGGUUCAGGUCUUUAACAUUAUGCCAAACCAGCAUGAUUUUUUGAGCCGCACCCACGAUCUCAAGUUCGGAGAUGAUUGCGAGGGCAAGACCAUCCUGAUCAACGUCCACGGAGACGGAGCGAUCCACGCAAAUGCCGCUGCCAUGUCCUUCAAGACCAGGAUGGGGUACGGAGAGGGUGGCUUCCCUACCUGUAUGACGUCGAGUAUUAUGUGGAACUUCCCCGAUGCGGCUGCCGUCGACCUAGGCAACGGAAGGACCUCCGAGUGGCACGGAUCCGUACUGRUUGGAAGCGGAGACCUAACACUCUCGACCAGCGGUCACUCCGGGCGUGCCAUCGUCGUUGGGAACAUCUACCACGAUUCCGACKUAGGGUCUGAGUUCCACUCGUACCCCUUCGAUCCUCCGAUUCCCCUACCAGAUCCAGAUGACAUCUGUGUCCUGCCCUCAAACUGGCGGUCCUACCCAGCAAUUCCGCCCUACCCAACAACAGCACCCACUACAGCGCCCACACACGYCGGUUGCGUCCACAUCCCCCAGAGUGAUCUCCCUUCCGGCUCGUGGGAGACCGACGACGCCAACUGUUCCCAGUGUUCGCCGAGCAAUCCUGGUGGCCCCGUUUCCUGGUGGCCAUGCAACCUGAAUCCACCCAUUUGCCAGGGAGACUGCGUGCUCAGCUAGCUUACCGACGAGACAAAACCAUGAUUUUUGAAAAGAAUAAUUGUUUCUCUUGUCACUUGAAGAACUUCACGCUACCUCAAUACGCUCUCGUACUUGAUAAUGAAAAAUGUUGUUGGUUGACACCAACUGUCGCUGCAUGUAAUAACAAGCAAACAAUGUAACGAUGACGAUCUCAACCUCCUCAAUUUCAUGAAAUGUUGGUUUUCCAUGCUAGAACAUACAAACACGUACUSAAACUUAGGAGAUUAAUUAUUACAGAAUUAAACGUUCUUCUAUUU